AUGUCGUUUCCAAGACGAAUGGAUGCAAUAUCAUCCCUAAACGGCCCUAACAUCGACAAACGACAUCCAUUUGCAUUAGCUAAUGCUCUAAAGGCAAACUGGCGUCUUCAUCUAAGUCAUUUGAAUCAGUCGCCAUCUGCUGAUGCCAGGGAUAAUCAAUACGCCCCAACUCAUCUCCACCAUCCUCAACACCCACUCACCGCCGGCCCCAACUCAUUGCCGCCAUCCUCAACGCAAACUCACCGCCGGCCCCAACUCAUCACCACCAUCCUCAACACCCACUCACCGCCGGCCCCAAGUCAUUGCCGCCAUCCUCAACGCCCACUCACUGCCAACCCCAACUCAUCACCACCAUCCUCAACACCCACUCACCGCGCCCCAAACUCAAUUGCGCCAUCCUCAACGCAAACUCACCGCCGGCCCCAACUCAUCACCACCAUCCUCAACGCCCACUCUCGCCAUCAGCCCCAACUCAUCACCGCCAUCCUCAACGCCCACUCUCGCCACCAGCCCCAACUCAUCACCGCCAUCCUCAACGCCCACUCUCGCCACCAGCCCCAACUCAUCACCGCCAUCUCAACGCCCCACUCUCGCCAAUCAGCCCCAAUCAUCACCGCCAUCCUCAACGUCAACUCUCGCCACCAGCCCCAACUCAUCACCACCAUCCUCAACGCCCACUCUCGCCAUCAGCCCCAACUCAUCACCGCCAUCCUCAACGUCCACUCUCGCCACCAGCCCCAACUCAUCACCGCCAUCCUCAACGCCCACUCUCGCCACCAGCCCCAACUCAUCACCGCCAUCCUCAACGCCCACUCUCGCCAUCAGCCCCAACUCAUCACCGCCAUCCUCAACGCCCACUCUCGCCAUCAGCCCCAACUCAUCACUGCCAUCCUCAACACCCACUCUCACCACCAGCCCCAAAACUCAUCACCGCCAUCCUCAACGCCACUCUCGGGCACCAGCCCCAACUCAAUCACCGCCAUCCUCAACGCCCACUCUCGCCAUCAGCCCCAACUCAUCACUGCCAUCCUCAACGCCCACUCUCGCCAUCAGCCCCAACUCAUCACUGCCAUCCUCAACACCCACUCUCACCACCAGCCCCAACUCAUCACCGCCAUCCUCAACGUCCACUCUCGCCACCAGCCCCAACUCAUCACCGCCAUCCUCAACACCCACUCUCACCACCAGCCCCAACUCAUCACCGCCAUCCUCAACACCCACUCUCACCACCAGCCCCAACUCAUCACCGCCAUCCUCAACACCCCACACCAAACCUCUCACCACCAGCCCCACUCAUCACCGCCAUCACCUCAACACCCCACUCUAGCCACACCCCAACUCAUCACUGCCAUCCUCAACACCCACUCUCGCCACCAGCCCCAACUCAUCACCGCCAUCCUCAACAGUCCCACUGCUCGCCCAUCCAGCCCCAAACCUCAUCAACCGCCAUCCUCUCAAACGUCCACUCUCGCCACCAGCCCCAACUCAUCCCACCGCCAUCCUUCAACGUCCAACUCGUCUCGCCAUCCAGCCCCAACUCAUCACCGACCAUCCAUCCAACGCCCACAAUCUCGCCAUCCAAGCACCAACUCCAUCACCUGCCAUCCUCAACCCCAACCCACUCUCGCCAUCCAGCCCCAAACUCAUCACCUAGACCUCGCCAUCCUCAACUGUCCCACUCUCCGCCAUCCAGCCCCAAACUCAAUCGACCGCAUCCUCAACGUCCCACUUUCUCGCCACCAGCCCACUCAUCACCGCCAUCCAUCCAACCCCGCCCACUCUCGCCAUACCAAAGCCCCAACUCAUCCACCAGCCAUCCCUCAACGCCCACUCUCGCCAUCAGCCCCAACUCAUCACGCCAUCCUCAACGUCCCACUCUCGCCAUCCAGCCCCAAACUCAUCACCUGCCAUCCUCAAGUCCCACCCCCACCCCCCCGACCCCCCUCUCGCCAACCAGCCCCGAACUCAUGCAGUGCCAUCCUCAAACUGUCCCACGUCUCGCCACCAGCCCCAACUCAUCACCGGGGGGACCCAAAUCCUCAACGUCCACUCUCGCCACCGCCCCAACUCCAUCGCCGCCAAUCCUCAACGUCCCACUCUCCGCCACCAGCCCCAACCUCAUCACCGCCAUCCCCCCCCUCAAACACCCACUCUCACCACCAGCCCCCAACUCCAUCCACUGCCAUCCUCAACACCCACUUCACCACCCACCCCAACUCCAUCACUGCCAUCCUCAACACCCACUCUCACCACCAGCCCCAACCCUCAAUCACCGCCAUUCCUGCAACGCCCACUCUCGCCACCAGCCCCAACUCAUCAACCGCUCCUCCAACUCCCACUUCUCGCCACCACCCCAACUCAUCAGCCCCAACUCAUUCGCAUCCUCAACGCCCAACUUCCUCGCCAAUCAGCCCCCAACUCAUCACCUGCCAUCCCUCCAACGCCCCAACUUCUCGCCAAUUCCAGCCAGCCCAACUCCAAUCAACCGCCCAUCCCUCAACGCCCACUCUCGCCAUCCAGCCCCAACUCAGCACCCCGUUCAUCCUCAACGCCCACUCCUCGCCAAUCAGCCCCAACUCCAUCACCGCCAUCCUCAACGGCCCACCUCUCGCCAUCAGCCCCAAACUCAUCCCGCCAUCCUCAACGUCCACCUCUCGCCAAUCAUCCCAACUCAUCACCAGCCUUCCUUCAACUCCACUCUCGCCACCAGCCCCAAACUCACACCGCCAUCCUCAACCGCCACUCCCUCCGCCUCAAGCCCCAACUCAUCAACCACACCGCCAUCCUCAACGCCCACUCUCGCCAUCCACCCGCCCCAACUCAUCACCCCCCGCCAUCCUCAACGCCCAUCUGCAAAAAAUAGAUGCACUUCUCGCCCCAUCAGCCCAACUCAUCACCGCCAUCCUCAACGUCCACUCUCGCCCCAAUCAGCCCCAACUCAUCACCGCCUCGCCUCAACUUCCACUCUCGCCAACAUCCCCCAACUCAUCACCGCCCAUCCUCCACGCCUCUUCUCGCCAUCCAGCCCAACUCCAAUUCACAGCCAUCCUCAACCGCCCAGACUCCCUCGCCAAUCCAGCCCCACUCAAACACAGCCCAUCCUCAACGUCCCUCUCGCCAAUCACCCCAACGGCAUCACCGCCAUCCUCAACGUCCCCAACGUCUCGACACCCAGCCCCAACUCAUCCACCGCCAUCCUCAACGUCCCGCUCCGCCAUCGCCCACUCAUCACCGCCAUCCUCAACGCCCAAAACAUUCUCGCCACCAGCCCCACUCUCACCGCCAUCCUCACGGCCACUCGUCAAGCCACCAGCCCCACUCAAUCCACCGCCAUCCUCAAACGUCCCCUCACUCUCUGCCACCAUCAACCCAACUCAUCCACCCCAUCCUCAACGGCCCACUCUCGCCAAACCAGCCCCAACUCAUCACCGCCAUCCUCAACGCCCCAACUCGCGCCGGGUCACUCUCUCGCCACCAGCCCCACUCCAUCAACCGCCCAUCCUCAACUUCCACCCUCGCCACCAGCCCCAACUCCAUCCCGCCCAAUCCCUCACGUUCCACUUCUCGCCACCAGCCCCAACUCCAUCCACCGCCAUCGCUCAACCGUCCCACUCCUCGCCACCGCCCCAACUUCAUCGCCCCGCAAAUCCUCACGCCCACUCUCGCCACCAGCCCCACUCCAUCGCCGCCAAUCCUCAACGCCCACCUCUCGCCACCGAGCCCAACUCAUCGGCCGCCAAUCCCUCAACGCCACUCUCGCCAUUCAGCCUCAACCAUCGCCAGCCAUCCUCAACGCCCACUCUCGCCAUCAGCCCCAACUCAUCACGCCUUCCUCACGCCCACUCUCAGCCAUCAGCCCCACCUCUCACCGCCAUCCUCAACGCCCACUCUCCGCAUCAGCCCAACUCCAUCACCGCCAUCCUUCUCAACGCCCAAUCCUCCGCCAUCAGCCCCAACUCCAUUGCCUCCAUCCUCAACGCCCAGGUCUCGCCCACAGCCGCAACUCAUCACCGCCAUCCUCAACGCCCACUCUCGCCAUCAGCCCCAACUCAUCACCGCCAUCCUCAACGCCCACUCUCGCCAUCAGCCCCAACUCAUUGCCGCCAUCCUCACACGCCCACUCUCGCCGCCAGCCCAACUCAUCACCGCCAUCCUCAACGCCCACUCGCCGCCAUCAGCCCCAAUCACAUUGCCGCCAUCCUCAACGCCCACUCUCGCCGCCAGCCCCAACUCAUCACCGCCAUCCUCAACGCCCACUCUCGCCAUCAGCCCCAACUCAUGCCGCCAUCCUCAACGCCCACUCAUCUCGCCACCAGCCCACUCAUCACCGACCUUCAACGCCCACUCUCGCCGCCAGCCCCAACUCAUCACCGCCAUCCUCAACGCCACUCUCGCCAUCAGCCCAACUCAUUGCCGCCACCUCAACGCCCCACUCGCCACCAGCCCCAAAUCAUCACCGCCAUCCUCAACGCCCCACUGUCGCUGCCAGCCCCAACUCAUAACCGCCAUCCUCCCACGCCACUCUCGCCGCCCGCCCCAACUCAUCACUGCAAUUCAUCGCCGCCAUCCUCAACGCCACUCUCCGCCACCAGCCCCCAACUCAUCCAGCCAUCCUCAACGCCCACUCUCCGCCGCCCCACCCCACUCAUCACCACCAUCCUCAACGCCCACUCUCGCCGCCAGCCCCAACUCAUCACCGCCAUCCUCAAUGCCCAUCUCGCCGCCAGCCCACCCACCAUCACCGUCCAAUCCUCAACGCCUCCACCUCUCGCCCCAAACCCCAACUCCAUCAACCCCAUCCUCAACGCCCACUCUCGCCGCCCAAGCCCCAACUCAUUCGCCCAUCCUCAACGCCCACUCCUCGCCAACCAGCCCCAACUCAUCACCGCCAUCCCUCAACGCCCACGUCCCCGCUGCCAAGCCGCCAACUCAUAA